AUGAUCACUGGCAAGGACAUAUACGAUGUUUUUGUAGCCAUAGUCCCUUUAUACGUGGCUAUGAUCUUAGCCUACGGUUCCGUCCGAUGGUGGAAAAUCUUCACCCCGGACCAAUGCUCAGGCAUAAACCGCUUCGUGGCGGUUUUCGCCGUCCCAUUGCUCUCCUUCCACUUCAUCUCCUCCAACGACCCUUACGCCAUGAACUACAAGUUUAUCCUCGCUGACUCCCUCCAAAAAGUCGUCAUCCUGGUCGCCCUGUUUCUCUGGCGAGCCUUCUCCAAACGUGGCAACCUCGAGUGGAUGAUCACGCUCUUCUCCCUCUCCACCCUCCCCAACACCCUCGUCAUGGGCAUCCCGCUGCUCAAAGCCAUGUACGGCGACUUCUCCGGCAACUUGAUGGUUCAGAUUGUUGUUUUGCAGAGCAUGAUCUGGUACACUCUCAUGCUCUUCAUGUUCGAGUACCGCGACGCCAAGCUCUUGAUCUCCGAGCAGUUCCCGGAGACUGCAGCUUCAAUCACAUCUUUCAGAGUUGACUCUGAUGUUGUUUCGCUCAGCGGUCGAGAGCCUCUGCAAACAGACGCGGAGAUCGACGACGACGGGAAGCUUCACGUGGUGGUGAAACGAUCCAAUGCGUCGUCUUUCAACAGGUCACACAGGUUAAACUCGUUGAAUUCGGUGACCUCGCGGGCUUCCAAUCUGACUGGAGACGAGUUUUACUCCGUGCAGUCUUCCCUUGAGACGACCUCACGGGCAUCCAGCUUCAACCAGACGGAUUUUUACGCCAUGUUUAGUGCCAGCAAGGCGCCGAGCGGCAAACACGGCUAUACAAACAGUUUCCAACUCGGAUUUGGGGAUGAUGAGGAGGCGUUGAAGAUGAGCACUACUAAUAAGAAGAGGAGGGAGAGGAGUAUGAGUUGUGAGGUCUUAUAUGGUGGUAUGGUCUCUUCGUAUCCGCCUCCGAACCCAAUGUUUUCGAGGUCUACCAGUGGCGUGCCGAAGAAGAAAGAUAGUGGUGCGAAAGUGCGUAAUAAGGACCUCCAUAUGUUUGUUUGGAAUUCCAGUGCAUCUCCAGAUUCCGAAGGGAAUCUUAGACAUGCAGUAAAUCGAGCUACUUCCACUGACUUUGGGGUAAUUGAUCCUUCCAAGGCUGCAGCUCUUCAACAACAUGAAACUGCUGCUUCAAAAGGUGAGUAG